AUUGGACUUGACUAACAUUAUAAGUAUAUAAAUCAUCAUCUGCUGCAAUUGCAGCAGAGUUUUGUUCACAGAUACUUUACACACGCAUGCAAAUAAACAAAUCUGCUAAAAGUUGCAUCCUUGCUGUCUAUGAAUCAUCAGUCAGUAUACACAUGCAGUGGCCUUGCUGUCCACUAUGCAUAAUCAUUACAUCCUUAAGGUGGGAACCAUAUUCCAAUCUGUAAAGCACAGUGCACUGCAUGUGGAGCAUCAAAUCAUGGAGUGGAUGAAACGGCAGAUUGACUUGGGUUAACACCAACAACUGCAGUAACUGAUUUCCACGAUAGAUGGAAAUCAGAUGAAGUCUGUGUAUAUAUAUAAUCCAAUUCCCUACUUGUGAAGUAUCGUUCUGAGAUUAAGGGUUCUAUCACCUUUGGAACAUAAGGUCUUAAACAAGUAGAAGAAUUGCAUUUCAACUAGUAAGGAUGACUGCACCAGGUAUCAUGUAUAAAUUGCAUGAAUGUAAUCUGGGAUACUUGUUAUACAUCAAGUUUAUAUUUAUAUCAGUUUCCAACAGUAUCCAGUUUGGGCGUCACGAGUUUGCUCUCGUGGUCAUGGAGAUUUGGUAACGUAUUGGAGACUGAAGACUAUUCUUCUUCUUCUUCAUCACUAGCUUUCUCUGCAACUGCAACACCACCAACGCCGCCUCCUCAAGUUCUUGAAGCUGCUGCACAAGCUCAUAACAUCACUUCUUCCUCAAAACCAAAUGAAAAAGUUGUCCCUCAUCAAAAUAAUGGAGAAAAACAAGGGAUGGUGUGGAUCAAUGGUACAGAAUCUGAUGAAACCAACGGGACGUCGGCUAUAAUAACUAGUACACCAAUAAAGAGAUAUAGCAGGUUGGAGAAACUUGAAGCAAAUUUGGCCGGAGUUCGGGCUUCCAUAAGAAAAGCUGCUCGAGUUCGAAAUCUAACUUCUACCCAUGAAGAUCCAGACUAUGUUCCUCAUGGACCAAUUUACAGGAAUGCAAAUGCUUUUCACAGGAGUUACUUGGAGAUGGAAAAACAUUUCAAGAUAUUUGUAUACGGAGAAGGAGAGCCACCAAUAUUUCACAACGGUCCAUGCAAAAGCAUAUAUUCGACACAAGGGAGAUUUAUCCAUGAAAUGGAAAUGGAGAAUGUUUACAGAACAAGAGAUCCAGAUGAGGCCCUCGUUUAUUUUCUUCCCUUUAGCGUGGUUAUGUUGGUGCAGUACCUGUACGUGGCCGACUCCCAUGACACUCAGCCCAUCGGACGAGCUGUCAUCGACUAUGUCAACGUCAUUUCUGAUAAGCAUCCCUUUUGGAAUCGAAGCCUUGGUGCUGAUCACUUUAUGCUUUCUUGUCACGAUUGGGGGCCGAGCACAUCUGCUUAUGUUUCUAAUUUAUACCACAACUCCAUAAGAGUGUCAUGCAACGCAAACACAUCCGAAGGAUUCAACCCUUCAAAAGAUGUCUCAUUUCCGGAAAUCCAUCUCCGAACGGGGGAAACCGAAGGACUUCUCGGUGGUCUCUCCCCAUCCCGAAGGUCGAUUCUUGCCUUCUUUGCAGGCCGGCUACACGGCCACAUAAGGUACCUGCUUCUAAACGAAUGGAAAGAAAAAGACCAAGACGUGCAAGUUUACGACCAACUCCCCAACGGAGUAUCCUAUGAAUCAAUGCUGAAGAAGAUCAGGUUCCGCUUGUGCCCUAGUGGUUACGAAGUGGCAAGCCCGAGAGUGGUGGAAGCCAUAUACGUAGAGUGUGUUCCAGUGUUGAUUUCAGACAGCUAUGUUCCGCCGUUCAGCGAUGUUCUGGAGUGGAAGUCGUUUUCUGUGCAAGUGCAAGUGAAGGACAUACCAAACAUCAAAAGGAUACUGAUGGGAAUAUCACAAAGUCAGUACCUGAGAAUGCAGAGGAGAGUGAAGCAGGUGCAGAGGCAUUUUGUGGUGAACGGACCUUCCAAGAGAUUCGAUGUUUUCCAUAUGAUUGUUCACUCCAUUUGGCUCAGGAGGUUGAACAUCCGCAUUGAGGACGAUCCAGUUGAGUAGAAUCUUUUUCCUUCAGUAUCAUAUAUUACAUGCAUGGUAGUAUGGUACAUACCAUGGGACUGUUAACAAUUUUUCGUUUUUCCAAUUGGGGAAAAGUUACAAUAAAAAAUAAUAAAUAUAUAAGGGCUUUUAGAUCCAUGUCAAAAAACAUAGGUUGUUUUUUGAGUGAGCCAAUUAUCUAAUUACAUAUUUUUAUACUAAUUUCUCCUUUAGAUAAAAAUAUUUGAAUUCAUUAAUUUUUGUGAUAAAAGUAGAUUAUACAAAGAAAAAACAUGUAAUACAAUUAAUUGUGUUAUAGGGAGACUAUGAACAGAAACUUAUGAUAUAAAUAGAUAAACAAGUAAACAUGUGAUAAAGGAGAUAAAGUGUCAUUGAUCUGGGUA